GUUCGUCUUUGUGGAGCUCUUCGGAUGGGUCGGGAAGAGACGGGGUGGUGUGUUGCUCAGCCCUGUGGUCACCGUACAGUUGUCUGUCAAGUAUUAGAGAGAGGUUAAGACGCGAGCCUUGGAAGGUUCGGAGAGUGGAUUAGUCAGCGCUUCCGGCAGACCUCGGCCGGUUAGGCUGCGGCGUCUAAUUUUGUCUAGGCUUCGUCCCAUUGGGCAGGCCUCUGAGGUUUCAGCGAUCCGAUUUCUUAAUUCUAAAAAGUCAAGGCUCAUUUGUGAUUUUCUUCCCCGCUAUUCUAUGCAUGUGUAGUUUUGUAUAUUUCCCUGACGUUUGGUUUUUGGCUCGAGGAAAUCCUGAAGUCGUUAGUAAUAUAGACUCCCUUGAAGUCUUUGUAAAUUCAAAUUGCAUCCCCAGGAAAUUUGCUGCUGUUACUAGUGAAGACCUACUUACUGACUGCAGUGUACUCUUAAUCACGCGGAUGUAGAAACGUGAAAACCAGAGCAGCAUCCUCAGCACCUGGGGACAUGUUUAAAGACAGAGACUAAGGUUAAAGGGCACUCCACAGAAGGACGUUACUAUCAAGUCUGAUGCACCUGACACCCUUUUAUUGGAAAAACAUGCAGAUUAUAUUGCAUCCUAUGGCUCAAAGAAAGAUGAUUAUGAGUACUGCAUGUCUGAGUACUUGAGAAUGAGUGGCAUCUACUGGGGUUUGACGGUAAUGGAUCUCAUGGGACAACUUGAUCGCAUGAAUAGAGAAGAAAUUCUGACAUUUAUUAAGUCCUGCCAACAUGAGUGUGGUGGAAUAAGUGCUAGCAUUGGGCAUGAUCCUCAUCUUUUGUAUACUCUCAGUGCUGUCCAGAUUCUUACUCUGUAUGAUAGUAUUAAUGUUAUUGACAUAAAUAAAGUUGUGGAGUAUGUGCAAAGUCUACAGAAAGAAGAUGGUUCCUUUGCUGGAGACAUUUGGGGAGAAAUUGAUACAAGAUUCUCUUUUUGUGCGGUGGCAACUUUGGCUCUGUUGGGGAAGCUUGAUGCUAUUAAUGUGGAAAAGGCAAUUGAAUUUGUCUUAUCCUGUAUGAACUUUGAUGGUGGAUUUGGUUGCAGACCAGGUUCUGAAUCUCAUGCUGGACAGAUCUAUUGUUGCACAGGAUUCCUGGCUAUUACUAGUCAGUUACAUCAAGUAAAUUCUGAUUUACUCGGUUGGUGGCUUUGUGAACGACAGUUACCCUCCGGUGGACUGAAUGGAAGACCAGAGAAGUUGCCAGAUGUAUGCUAUUCAUGGUGGGUUUUGGCAUCCCUAAAGAUAAUUGGAAGGCUUCAUUGGAUUGAUAGAGAAAAACUACGCAGUUUUAUUUUAGCAUGUCAGGAUGAAGAAACUGGAGGUUUUGCAGACAGGCCAGGAGAUAUGGUGGAUCCUUUUCAUACAUUAUUUGGCAUUGCUGGAUUGUCACUUCUGGGAGAAGAACAAAUUAAACCUGUUAGUCCUGUGUUUUGCAUGCCUGAAGAAGUGCUUCAGAGAGCAAACGUUCAGCCUGAACUAGUGAGCUAGAUUUGUUGGAUAGAAAAGUGUAGUAUAAUAGUUUUUGACAUCUCAACAUUUCUGUAUUUGAAGUGCUUCAUGAACUUAAAAAUGUGUACUGUUCCUAUUCUGUAUAUUGUGUUAAAUUCUAAUAAAUUAUAUAAGUUUAUACAUAUUGUAAAAUAAAGACCUGUAUUGUAUUUCAGCUUUAGAUUUUCUCAAGUGCUGUUUUGACUAAUUUUUUUUGUACUUACAUGUAUCUUGUCUCUGCUUAACAAAUUUAAAAAAUAGGAUUCUGCUUUUCUUGCCCUUGUUACUAAUAUGUUCUGUGAAAGUUAAUGUAAAUUUGUUUCUGUCAACAAGAAUGUUCCUGGUAAAAGUGGAUAAACUCCGUAUAUGAAUUAAAACAUGCACAAAUCA